AUGGCCAUCGGCAACCCAGAAAGCUGGAUUGCCCAGCUUCGGCAGUGCAAGUACCUGCCCGAACCCGACAUCAAGGCGCUCUGCGAGAUGGUGCGGGCCAUCCUCAUGGAGGAGAGCAAUAUCCAGCCCGUCUCGAGCCCCGUCACAGUGUGCGGCGACAUUCAUGGCCAGUUCUGGGACCUCCUCGAGCUCUUCCGGGUCGGCGGGGAGCCGCCAGACACGUCUUAUGUCUUCAUGGGCGAUUUUGUUGAUCGAGGAUAUUUCAGCUUGGAGACUUUCUCGCUGCUGAUGGCCCUCAAGGCAAGAUGGCCGGACCGCAUCACCCUGCUCAGAGGCAACCACGAGAGUCGGCAGAUCACGCAGGUCUAUGGUUUCUAUGACGAGUGUCAGAGAAAGUACGGCAAUGCCAACGUCUGGAAGAGCUGCUGCCAGGUUUUCGACUACCUCAACCUUGCUGCUAUCAUCGACGGGAGGGUGCUCUGCGUGCACGGCGGCCUUAGUCCGGAUGUCCGAACUCUGGACCAGAUCAGGAUCAUCGCAAGGGCGCAGGAGGUGCCACAUGAGGGAGCGUUUUGCGAUCUGAUGUGGUCAGAUCCAGACGACAUCGACACCUGGAGCGUGAGCCCCAGAGGCGCCGGUUGGCUCUUUGGUGGCACAGUGACAAAAGAAUUUAACCACGUCAAUGGCCUCGAGCUCAUCGCGCGGGCGCACCAGUUGGUGCAAGAGGGAUACAAACUGAUGCACGACAACAACAUCGUGACCGUAUGGUCCGCACCCAACUAUUGCUACCGCUGCGGCAACGUGGCGUCAGUAUUCCAGGUGGACGAUCUGCUGGCAAUCGAUUCGGGCGACAAGUUGUCGGAUGCAGCGGCAGCGGGCGCCUCUGGCGACCAUCAAGGGAUUCAGGCAGCAGACGAGGAGGCGGGCGGGCGAUUCACGCAGAGCAACUUCAAAAUCUUUGAGGCAGUGCCCGAUCAAGAACGGACGAUACCUUCUGGAAGCGUCAACUCGCAGUACUUCCUAUAG